UUGGGACUAUAAAUUGUUUGUCAAGAUUUGUUUAAAUUAUCAGUUUCUUUUGAGUUUUCGAAAUAAACAUUUCAUUUAAUACCUUUGCAAAAUGUUCAAAUUUAUUGCCUUCUUUGCCUGCAUCUCUGUUGCUUUGGCUGCUCCCGGUUUAUUGGCCGAACAUCACACUAUUGUUCAAGAACCCGUGUUGGCUAAGGUAGGCUCUGUUGUUCAUUCUGCUCCCUCGGCUGUGUCCCAUCAAAGUUUCACUCGCGUCCACAACAAAGCUGUUGUUUCUCCCGUUGUUGCUCCCGUUGUCAAGACCACCGUUCAUGCUGUAGAACCAGUUGUGCCAGUUGUCAAGACUGUUGAAACUCCUGUCGUUCAUACCGUACAUGCUGCUCCAGUUGUCAAGACUGUUGAAACUCCUGUUGUUCACACCGUUCAUGCUGCUCCCGUUGUUCCAGUUGUAAAGACUGUUCACACUCCUGUUGUCAGUCAUGCUGUAGCCCAUCAAUCUCAUGUUCAAAUUCACUCCAAUGCUGCUCUCGUUACCCCCGUUGUUCAUGCCGCACCCGUUGCUCAUGUUUACCAUCAUUAAUUGAAUGUUUAAAGUGUUUAGCAAUUGAAUUUUAUGUUUUAAUAAAAAAAAGUUUCUAAAGAAAAA